CUCCCGCCCUCUCGCGGCCUGCGCGUUCUUCCCCCUCUCUGCUGUCGCCCACGUUCUCUCUUGAUUUCAGUCCCUUCAGUCCCUUCUGACCUUGGAGGCUUGGAUGAGUCAUGCUCUAUUUCUUUCGAUCGUUUGACCUCGUUUCAUUUGGCUUCACGGCGCGACUUGGUUCGUUGGAUCCCAUAACCUGCGGCUGAGCGGUACGCUCGCCGACCUUCUAUCAACAGAUCUUGUCCAGCUGGCUUCCUAUUCGCGCGGAUUCCUACCUCACUUGAAAUUAUGGCGCCCGUCUCAGCGGCAAAACCACGUUCAUCACCAAACAAACCGUCCCGAACCCAGCCCAAGGUGACCUUGAAGCCGCCUCGGAGCUCGGAGUCGACCACCAACGAAGGCCCUCCACUCAAGAAGCGCAAGUAUGUUCCUGGCGGUCCGGGUGGUGGGGGAAGAUACAUCGAACUCGACGUGAAAGAACCGCCAAAGCCCAAGCCCAGUCCAGCAGCCAGACGGAAUUCGUCCAGCUCCCGGAAUCGCACUGCCCCGGUUCCAGUUCCAGACCCUCAACCUCAGCCUGUUCAACUUCCUCCUCCGCCGCCACCCCCAGUUCCAACGACACCUCCUUCUGCCCGCCUGAGACGAGAAAAGAGCCAGAACCGCGGCCGUUUCGGUUCGUCGACAGCGGCUGCCCUGGCUCUGCAACAAGGAGACGGUUAUAAACCGCGAGAGGAGCGAGGAUGGGAAGAGUUUCACCCGGACUUAGAUAUUGAGGCGAAGUUUGCGGUCUUUGGCUCGGAGGAUGUGGAUCGGCCACCUCCGUCUUCGUCAAUCGCUCAUAUUCUCUCGCCAAAUGGUCUCGAUAGUACCAAUGAAAAAGACCCCAUAGCAGAGUUGAUCCGCGCGCACGCCAAUGGAUCGUCACCGUCUCCGAUCAAGCGACGGCCAGGCCGUCCCCCUCGUCGACCGGAAGCCAUCUUGAAUGCCCUGGGGAUCACACAGCAGCCGAAGAAUGUCCCGCCACCGGGCCCGAAUCCUCGGGAGAGGCUCACGCUACCGAAGCCCUCGUUCCGCAUACGGGAUCCAUUUACCUUCUACGAUCAACCCGGAGUGGGUCAGCAGAACUAUGUCGAUCGCACUAUGGCGAGUGUUGGGUACCAGGAAAGCGACCUGUUCCUUCGCCAUGACCGCCGAUUGAUUCGGAUGACGGACGGUGCGCAAGAAGACGAUCUGGAUGCGGCGAAUCCCGUCACUUCGGAAGGAGAGGUCAAUGCGGCCGUUGGCCGAGUGGAGUACGACAUGGAUGAGCAAGAUGAGAAGUGGUUGGAGGACUACAACGCGAAGCGAAGAGAAGAUCAACUAGAGCCGAUCAAGCCUGCGGUCUUUGAAAUUACUAUGACCAAGAUUGAAAAGGAGUGGCACGUUCUAGAGAAACGUAUCCCGAAACCUAAUCCCAAACCUCCGCAAACACAACGCCCUCGUUCGAGCUCUGCCGCGGCUGUAAAUGGCGAAACUGGGCCGGGAGAAGAGCAAGAUAGCAAAUGUGCUAUCUGUGAUGACGGUGAUUGUGAAAACUCCAAUGCAAUUGUUUUCUGCGAUGGCUGCGACUUGGCGGUCCAUCAAGAAUGCUACGGCGUGCCUUUCAUUCCCGAGGGACAAUGGCUUUGUCGCAAGUGCCAGCUGAUUGGAAGAGGAUCUGUCAACUGCAUCUUCUGUCCCAACACCGAGGGCGCCUUCAAGCAGACUACUUCCUCGAAGUGGUCUCAUCUUUUGUGCGCCAUAUGGAUUCCCGAAGUGUCUAUCGGCAAUCCGUCACUCAUGGAACCGAUUACUGACGUGGAGAAAGUGCCUCGCAGCCGCUGGAAGCUUCACUGUUACAUCUGCCGGCAGAGGAUGGGUGCUUCCAUCCAAUGCAGCAACAAGAACUGCUUUGUCGCAUUCCACGUAACCUGCGCACGGAGGGCUCAGCUCUAUCUGAAGAUGAAGUCUGGCCAUGGAACCCCGGCCGUUAUGGAUUCGCAUCUGCUGAAAGCCUUUUGUGACAAGCACGUCCCACCUGAAUGGCGCAGAGAACACGGGACGGACGUCGCUACAGCCGAGGCGAUUGAGUAUUACCGCAACACCAUGCAAGGCCGCCGCUGGGGAGAUAGCCAGGCCGCAGCACUUUCCUUGGAGCCCGCACAUCCUCUUGGUUGCGAUCAUGGGGACGAUGAUGGGCAGCGUACACAUACACCACGCAUUACCCUCACUGUUGGCGGAAACAAGCGCAAGCGACCGGCGGUACCCAAGAUGAUCUGGAAGUUACCGUCUGGGGCUCCUGUGAUCCCUCAGGUCGUGCUGAACUCCGUUGUGGCAUCACUCCAGCGCUUCGGUGUUCGCCAACGGAAGCAAUAUGCCGAAGAUGCCUGCAAGUACUGGACCCUCAAACGAGAGGCAAGGCGAGGAGCUGCGCUUCUGAAACGCCUACAAUUGCAGCUAGAGACUUUCUCGUCCAUGGAAAUGACGAGGAGAGACUACGUUGCCAUGGGGGUUACUGGGCACAAGCGGCUACAACGGCGUAUUGAGUUUGGCGAGAGGCUUUACCAUGACCUGGAUAGGUUAAGAUCGCUGUGUGAUGAGGUGAAGAAGCGAGAGAGAGAGAAGCUGAAGGACGCGGAGACACUUCGUGGUAUUGUCGACACUGUAUACUUUCCCAUAUUUCCGCUGCUUUGGCCAAUAUUCGACAAAGCUCAAGGGCUUGACAGCAAGGCUAUUUUCAAACAAGGACUGUUAUCUAUCCGAACAAAGCUACAAGAACGCUUUUACCCAUCGGUUGCUACCUUCUCCGCCGACCUGGCUCAUGUGUUCACCACUGAGAUUGGGGUUCAACCAGCCGGAGAUACUGCUGAGCUGCAGAUGCAGAUCAGUGGUCGCGCCCCGGAACUGAGCCUCGAGCAACGCGAGAAAAGGAAGCUUGCCAAGCGGAUAAUCAAGGCCAUACAACCUGCAUUAGAAGAUGCGAUCAGGAAGGAGAGCGAGCUGAACCGCAAGCCAUUCGAACAAGAGCUGAAGGAGCUUGAUCUCAUGCUGGAAAACAGUGUCAUGUCCAGAAGAGGUUCGGAGGUCGCCCUAGCGGAGCAAGCUGGGGAUGAGAAUGUGGAAAUGUCGGAAGCCCCGAAUGGCACAGAACAUAAGGGUGAGGAAUCCGAUAUCACUGCCAAAUCUGAACCGGAGGAUAGCGCUGGGAUUGCCGACUUGCCUGAAAAGACAGACCCGACAGCUGAGCCUGAUGGGGUUGAGCCGCAACCUGCAGAGACCUCCACGGAGCCUCAAUCCCAGGAAGAUCUGGAUAUGGAUGAUGCCCCAGCGGUUCUGGAGGAGACGGAGCCUCAAAACGCCGAUGUGGCACCCAUGACUGUACAGCCUACCAUUGAGGACCAACCAGCCAUCAAUGGAGACAAUGGAAAGAUGAAAGUAGACGAUAUGCAAGCGUCAAAGCAACCGGUGGAGACUGAGAAGGAGCCUUUGACCCCUCCACCUAGCUUCAAAGGCGACCAACAAUAUCCAUUGGCGCAAGGAGGCAUACAGUGGUAUAUGCAACCAUUCGACCCCAUUGGCACCACCAUCCAUGAAGAGCGGUGGACCGGGCGAGAUGUGAUGCGAGGGAUGAGCGAGGAGUUAAGUGAGCUCGACGAGGAGGAAUUGAAGGACCUCGUGGAGGAUGACGAGCUGAUGGACGGAUCGAAUGAAGCAGCGAAUGGUGGCGUGGCACCGACACAACAGAGUGUCAAGGUCCAUCGAACCCGAAGACGCUGGCGCGGAUUCAAAUAGUUACAUUUGCACGUACAGGCAGUGGAGAUAUGAUGAGUUUUCAGCGAUCAUUCCCUUCAUUUUUAUACUCCCUUCUUUCACUACAUUUCUCCGAUUUCCCCUUUUGAUGCAUGUUUGCUUUUUUUUUUCUUUUCUUCCGUGCUGAGAGGCAACAACCGGCUGGCCAGGCGUUGGGUUGGUAGAGCUGGAUUUAGGUGGGUAGCUAGGUAGCCACACCACAUGUAAUGAAUUUCCACAGAAUGUAUUCAU